GCAGUUGAACUAAUGUACACGACAGUGCAAUUAGCAUCUGUGAUGAAGAAAAAAUUGAAUGCCCAAGCAAGCAUCACGCGGAAUUUGGCUAGUAUCUAGCAAUCGCGAUUUUUUGCAAAAUGCAGUCGCAGAUAUUUUGCUCGUAAAUCGCAGGCGAAGGAUAUCAGCAUUCAAAUUUUUCACACGCUGCUAAAUAUUCUGUAUUCCUGACUGUCACAUCAUGAUGAAUGCAACAUUUCCCGGAGAUUAUGGCACACCUCCAGGCACAAUCCAUACAGUCAUUGAGAGAAGAUCUACAGAAAGAAAAUCUCGUUUUUUCAAUCGUUCGCCAUCAAGUCAUUUCUCGCGGUCAGCACGAAAUAGACGCGGGCAUUCGGCAGAUUCGCCAUUUCGUCGAGCGACACCGUUAAGAGCUACUAUAGGACCAGGAACUAUGUUGGGUCCCGGCCACCCGCCUCUGCCUCCGAUGCCUCCGGAGGAUCAGCUGGCGACUAUGUUUGAUCAAGUCUUGAAACAAAUGGAUUUACCAGUCGAUAAAAUGCGUAUAUUAAAAGAAUAUAACAACGAGAAGAAAUGGAAAGUUGUUGUCGAUAGUCAAGGUAUGAAUGCACACGUGGAUCCCGCCAGCUAUCUGACAAAGCUGUCGUAUUUCCUUGAUAAGAAAACCCUAAAGAAAAAUAAGAAAGUUCUUGGAGAUGAGACAUCAACAGCUGUUUUGAAACAUAUUGAAAUCUCAUUAAGAACGAAUAGCGUGGAUUGGGUCAUCCAAUUUCUGAAUCCACCAAAUAAUGGAUUGCAAGUACUCGUAGAAUAUAUGAACCAGCUAUUAUUGGAAGCAUCUGCACAGACAGGCUCCGAUACUCCAACAGGUUCAUCUGUGGACUGCACUGACCAUGUGAUACCAUCAAGCUCAUCGGGAUCAACGAGCGGAUCCAUUUUUAGAAAGAAUCAUACGAUAAGCUCCCGAACAACCAAAGUUAGCAAAAAUGUUGGUGAAUUGGAAGAUGAUGUACAUGUGUGCAUUAUGUGCCUUAGAGCCAUUAUGAACAAUAAGCGUGGUUUUGAACUUGUAUUUGCGGAUUCAAGAGCAAUAUAUUGCAUUGUACGAAGUAUACUGCAUCAGAGUUUGAGAACAAAAACAUUGGUAAUGCAAAUGUUAUCGUCGAUAUGCAUGGUACAAGGUGGACAAGAGCUUGUCAGUGAUGCUUUCGAUCAGUUCCGACUGGACUAUCGUGAACGACAUCGAUUCCAGACUCUUAUGUACUUCAUUAGGAAUCCUCCGGAAUUCCAUGUGGAGUUUUUAUCGUCAGCUGUGCAAUUUCUGGACAUAUUCUCUUCUGUAGAAGAUAUGAAUCAACGAGUGUAUCUACAGUAUGAAUUACAUCUACUGGGCUUAGAUGAUUACAUAGAUGAAAUGGCAGAAUGCCAAUCAGAUGAGCUCCAAGCCCGAAUGUCAGCCUAUGCUAGCGGAGAAAUGGACGUGGCAGCGCUAGUAGAUGAUUCGCAUCAUAAGGCACGGCUACUAGAAGAGUGUGAGCAACUCAGAAGUAAAUUGUCACAGGCGAAUGAGCGCGUACAAGAAGUGGAGGCGAAGUGGAUCACUGACAAAGCGGCACUUGAUCGUCGAUUGUUGGAUCUCGUAAGAGAACGAGAUCGAAUGCAAAAGGAGCAUGAAGCUCAAGAAGGCACAUGGAAGAAAACAAUGAGCGAAAAGGAUAAGCUAGCCAGAGAGAAACAAGCCCGUCUUGAACAGAAAAUACAGGAAUUGGAAGCGAUCCAGAAAACUAUGCAGGCCGGUCUACAAGUACAGCAACAAGGCAAAUCUCCGCCCACACCUCCACCACCCGCACCCGGACCUCAUCGCGAGAACGGCGCCCCGUCACCACCAGCCCCGCCUGCACCACCGUCGGGUCUGCUGGCACCCGUGACCGGAGGACCACCAGCACCGCCUCCACCAUGUGCAAUGUCUAAUGGAGUCCCCAAGUUGUCUGGCGCACCUCCACCACCACCUCCUCCACCACCUGGCCUAGGAAAAGCCGGAGGCGCUCCACCGCCACCACCGCCUGGCUUUAUGUCGACUCCAUCUGGAAAUGCAGCGACUAUCAAGAAAACCUACCAGACAAGGAAUAAGCUACCUCAGCUGAAUUGGACUGCAAUGAAACCGAACCAGGCGAAAAAUACCGUUUUUGAAGAUCUUAACGAUGAAAAGAUUAUCGACAAAUUGGAUUUUUCCAAGCUGGAAGAAAUGUUCAAAUUACAACCUGCUGGUGGUGAUGUAUCCAUGGAAAAUGGCAGUCGUCUAGAAGUUGGAGCCAUAGCCCCUGGUGUAGGCCAACACAGUCCUGGUUCGACUGGAAGUGGUCCGACAAAGAAGAAUACAUUGCUGGAUACGAAGAGAUUGCAGAAUGUUGCCAUCACAAGACGAAAACUUGCACUAGAACCUCGAGCCAUAAUGACUGCAGUACAUCAAAUGGAUCUGAAUACUCUACCAGCUGACAAAGUAGACAUUUUGUCAAGAAUUCUACCACAUGAAGAUGAACGGAAGCUUUAUGCUGAACGAGGCGAUGAUGAAGGUUUAAGUGAUGAGGAUCGUUUUAUGUCAGCUUUAUGUGAGAUCGAACGUCUUGAGCAUAAAUUGAGUGUCAUGCGGGUUAUGGCUGAUUUUGACGAAAGUGCUGCUCUUCUGGAACCGCAAUUUACCCAUGUGACGGCUGCUUCCAAAUGUGCUCGUGAAGCUACCCAGUUCCAUCGAGUUCUGGAAGUUAUCCUAGCUUUCGGAAAUUACAUGAAUAGCGGCAGGAAAGGCAGUGUUUAUGGAUUCCGCUUGGCCAGCUUGGAUUCGCUUGCGAUUUUGAAGUCCCCAUCUGAUCGUAGCCUCACUUUACUGCAUAUGGUUGUUGAAUCGAUAGAACGAUCAUUUCCUGAGCUGAUGAAAUUCAGCGAACAACUGAAAUUUGUUGACAAAGCUGCUGGCGUGCAGUGGGACAGCGUCCUGUCGGAUAUGAAAGAGCUAGAGUCAGGCUUUGAAAUGGCGAGAAAGGAGCGUGCUAUGAAAGGAGAGAAUUGCCCACCACCAUUGGUUAAAUUUUUGGAUACACACGAUGAACGAAUGAAACAGCUACAGGAACAUGCUAAGCUUGCGCAGAGAACCUACGAAGCUUGCAUUGAGUUCUAUGGUGAAUCGGCGAAGACUAUGCCACCCAAUGAGUUUUUCUCAAAACUCAGCAAAUUUAUAGUCAAUUUCAAUCGUUGUAAACAAGAAAAUGACUCUAGAGAAGCGGCUGAAAAGCGUCAACGUGAUGAAGCCGAACGACGAUCGCGUGCAAUGUCAAAAACUCAACAGCACGAUGGUGUGAUCCGCGAAUUAGCGGAAAAAAUGGGCAAUGGAAAUGCUGCGAAACGACAACGUGGCAAAAUUGAUAGUCAACAGAUGGGGCAUGGAGAUUUUGAGAAACUGAUGAGUGGUCUCAAAGAAACCUACGCGGUUUCGCCCUCACCGAAUAUGCCAACACCGUCACGACGAAAAGUAAGCGCCAGUCCGUCGCCAGCACCACGAGUGGGACCACCGGUGGCUGCGAAGACUCGAGUAGUGGCAGUUGAACGUGACAGACAAUGAAAAGAAAGCGAACUUCAAACGGCUUGAGAAUAGGUACCACGCCAUUGAAAUCCAAUUUUUGACACAUUUUUUAAUGUGACACAUUAGAAAUUUUAAUCUUGAAUCAUCCCUCUCUCACAUUUAUCCACUUCAAUCCCUGCCUCGUUACGGGUCGCCUUGUGACAAUACACCAGAUAAAUUUUCAACUGACAACCUCUGUCUAUACUAGUAUUACUCGCGUUUGAACUGCAUUUUCUCGCCUCAACCCGCUGAUGAGGUCUUAUGGGCGACAUUUAGGUGGCUAUACUUAGUGAAUAACUCUCCUUUUCUACCCGGUGACUAUGCGGCUAAAAUAGUUUUUUUUUCUUAUCUGCGAAUGUAACUUUUAUACUACGCAACUCGAAAUGUCUUCAAAAAAAUCUUUUUGCUUUGCCAGAAUUUUUAUGUAUCAAAUACGCAAAAAAUAUUCUCUCUCCCUUGUGGGGCUGGAAACGUAUUCAGUAUCACAGUAUUACUUCGCCCCCCCCUUUUUUUGCUCGUUCCGCCUUUCUUCCUUUCUUCCUCUUUUGCGUUUUAUGCAUCCCUUCAAUCAAUAUGUAUAUAGCUGUAAUAUUUUAAUGUAUUUUCUCUCCUCUUUUUUUAGACUCUCGGUACCUGUAUGACCACCCAGAAAGUCUUCGUUGACCUCUUGUCAUAAGCUUGUUAAUGAGAGUAUAAUAGAGUUUCUUCUUUUCCUACUCGAUUAUCAUCAAUAAAACUUGAAGUUC